UGAAGUUUUAUGAUUAUUUUUUAUUUGGCCAUGAACAAUUUAUUCGAUUUGAUAAGAAACUGUGAUGGUGUCAAAAUACGUUUGUGAAAUUAAUUAUGAACUAACAAUGAUUUUGCCCCUAACCAGAUAUUUGGAAUUAACGAAAAUAGAAAAAAGUUUAUUGAAUUCUUGACGAGGGAAGAACAAAAGCAUGAGUUGAAAUGAAGAAAAGCUACACCUCAACAGAUAUUAACCAAAAUCAGGGCCAAGAGCUCUCAAAAAAAUUAUAUCGGUCCAUAAGUGAACAAGCUAAACGUUUAGAUGACACUAGGAGUUGUGCCAGAAUAGUGGGAGACCUAUUUUCACCAAAUUUACAAGUACAGCGCAAAAAGUUCUGUGAAUACUGCGAAAGAUUAAUAUUUUCAGAUCCUUCACUAUAUGGUCGUAAAGGAGAGGAGCUACUUUGGAGGAAGGGGUAUUAUGAUGUAGUUUCAACAGCAAAGAAACUGAAGAAAAAGGAGUACCUUCCUGAGGAAAUCAGUUUCAUUGCUUCACACAUAAAUGCUGGCAUAGGUUUUUACAGCCAUAUGUUGUCUAAGUUGCAAUAUAAUUUUAAUCUAGAUAUUAAAACAUUCAUUGACUUUCCAAUGAUACACUCUGAGAAGAAGGAUACUGGUGAUGUGAAGAUAGAAGCAAUAGAAUGGGCUAAACAAUCAGUGCAUCAAUGUCUUAUUUAUUUGGGUGAUUUAAGUAGAUAUAAACUUGAAAUAUAUCCUAAUUGGGAGUCUACUCUAGCUUGUCGUUAUUACCUGCAAGCUAUUUCUUACAAGCCUGAGUAUGGCAUGCCCCACAAUCAAAUGGGAACCUUAGCUAUGAACCAAAAUAGCUUUUUAGAUGCUGUUUACCACUACAUGAGAUGUUUAUCCUGCAAAAUUUCCUUUGAAGGUACUUCUAACAAUCUUAUAGCACUUUUUGAGAGAAAUUCUAAGUUUUUGGAGCAGCUCCCCAAGGAGGAUAAAAAUGCUGACUGCAUUAUAGAGCCUGACCAAAGUGAGAAGAUCAAAAGAUUUGUAGCUAGGUUUCUUUUGCUGAUAGACAUUUGGUAUUUCAACAAAAAAGUUCCUAAAGUAUAUGAUCUUUGUCAUCAGACCUAUAAAAACUUGGAAGAAUGUUUAACAUUUGUUAAAUUGACAAACAGUGAGUCAGGAGAUGGACCUACAGAUGGAGAUUCUGUAGAAACUGAUUCUGUAGCUUCCCAUAUAAGUGGAGACAUGAUUUUCAAAAUUGUAGUCAUUUCUUUACUCUGCAUAUCCAAAUUGAAGUCUUCAAAUUCAUCUCAACUAUCCACAGCAGUAGCUUUCCUGUUGGGCAUUUAUUCUCAGUUGAUAAAGAAUGUUACCAAUCAUUUACAAGAAGGUAUUUUAAAUUUUCCCCAAAAUGAAAGCAAAGGAAAGUCUUUGAAUGGGAUUUUAAAGGAACUGAUGACUGGUAGGAAAAGAGCAAGAUCAAAAUUGAGAAGGAGAAAGGUGUUAAAGAAUGAAAGUGAUGAUGAGUCUGAGGUUAGUGGUAAUGAAGAAGAUGAAUUUAGUAGUUCUGAUGAUUCUUUCAUUUCUGAUGAUGAAGAUGUGUUAGAUGUAUCUUCAGAUGAGGAGUCAGAUAUUAUUAAGGUAUCCGACGAAUCAAACAAUGGCACUCCGAAGGAUUCCAUUCCUAACGGCCUCCCCAACGGUAUAAAAACUAACCCGCGAAAUCAAGAGAAAACUAAAGAAGAUUUGAUCAGAAGCGUCCAGUUUAUGGAUGUCAACGACAUCCUGGAGAUCGUCACUGAAGAAGCGACUUUACAAAGUAUCAAAACACUCAGCGAUUGGCUUCUCAGCGACCUGGACGUCCUCAAAUCGUGCGGAUCGAAUUCCGCUAGUCUUUUAAGGCAGAUAACUUAUUUGUUAAAUUUGGUCAAUAUAAAUUUGGCUAGUCCGAAGAUGAUUGGAGUUCGUCUGAAGUCAUCGGAGGUUAUUAGCAAGGGAAUUAAGAUUCCAUUGUCUGAGGAUACUGUGCUUAAAGGUAUGGAAAUACUGAAAGGUUCUCAGAACAUAUUAGACUGGACGUUCGUAGAGAAAAAAGGCUUAAGUCUGAAGGAAGAGGCUGUUAUUAGGGUAGUGAAACUAUUAUCGUUUGGAAAAUUUUUAACCACUGUAUCAGAGACUGGAAUAAUUUAUGAAGAAGACAGCAACAUUUUCGUUUGCAACCUAAAGGAGACAAACGUGGAAGAUGCAAAGAAGUCUACCUCUCUAAUGGAAGAAUUGGACAUACAAGACUCUCUGGCCACCACAACGUUCAACGGCACCUCCAAGCGUACGUUCUCCCCCAACUUAGAUGACGAUUCUUCAAGUAAAUCGCCAAACGACGGUGGAGGGCAACUCAACAAGAUGAAGCACAUGGGUCAGCUGUGGCUAGCAGCUGAGGUUCGAGCACUAGAAAAUAGAGUGGGCGCCGGCAAAACCACCGCACUUUCUCCUUAUUUGGUGUUAGACGCCGAUGCGCUGAUCAAAUACACGUUCAUGGUGAAGCAGUUGGUCCAUUCUAGGAAAUUUAUUGUGUUGGUUCCUACAGCAGUUGUGUCGGCGUUGGAUGAUCUAAAACGAGAAAAGAUAGAAGCAAGGGACGCCAUCAGAUGGCUCGAGUCCCAGUUCCACCGCGGCAACCGUUUCUUUCGCGCCCAGCGCCCUCAAGAACGAGCUCCCAUUCCUUUCAUCAAAUACCCCAAGAAGAAAGACAAAGAGAUGCACAUCUAUAUCCAGAUAAUCGAAUGUUGCCAUUUUCUCGCCGAGCAGCAAAAGGGCGCGUCAAACGUCGUCACGCUGCUCAUUGGAAACCAAAACGUACUAUCGAAUGGCGAAAACAAAGAAUUUAGUUACGUCGGAUUGGCGCAGUCAGUAGGAAUCGCCAUCGAAUCCAUCACUAGUUUCUACGGAAAAUGGAAGAAGACCAAGGGCAAAAGGUGAUGGGACUGUCUACAAGAAUGACACUGGACUCAGAUUUGAUAGGAAAAAGGCGAAGGCGUGUAGGGAAAACCAUCGCAAAUGCAGCCAAGGCGUGUAUCUUAUCUUUGGAUUUAUUUAAUACUAAUGAGAAUUUUAUACUGUGGGAUUUUAACAAUCUUAAUAUUAUUUUUGGGCGUAAUUCAUAUUAUAUUGUUCCCGUGUAGUUCUUUUGUUUUAAUUUAAUAAUUAAACGAUCAAAUUGAGUAUCAUA